UCGGCGCCAACAUUCGUUCAUUCGGUCCAGGAGCGGCUCGGUGUCUGCAUCUCCAGCUCCGUUACAUCCUCAACUCUAUCGGCGUCUGCAGCUCAGCUACAUCCUCAACUCUACCGGCACUUUACUGCUGCUGACAAAUCUUUGCAGGGUCCCGCACUAGUUUAUCACAGUAGUUAACUGGUUUAUAUUGUUUCCCCUACUUUGCAUCCCUCGUUUUACUCCGAAGCCUGUUCAUAGUUCUGCUAAUAGACCCAAUUCGUAAACCAUUUUAGAUAUUACAAUGCUUCCCGCCCGCACUCCUCUCGCUGCCAAGAACGAGAAUGUGGUCUUCACUAAGAUGAGUGACGUGUCUCUUAAUGACAAGGAGAACACACCGCCUUCUUUAAGCAGUACCCGGGUCCUGGCCAGUAAAACCGCCCGCAACAUCUUCGCCGAAGCCCAAGCCAAGCCUGGAAAAAGCAGCGACUCAUCAAGGUUACAGGACGAGCCGCUUCUGAGGGAAAAUCCGCGCCGUUUUGUCAUCUUCCCCAUACAAUAUCACGAUGUCUGGCGGAUGUACAAGAAAGCUGAAGCAUCUUUCUGGACGGCAGAGGAGGUUGAUCUCUCAAAGGAUCUCCAGCACUGGGAGUCCUUGAAGUCAGAGGAGCGAUACUUCAUUUCUCACGUCUUGGCAUUUUUUGCAGCCAGUGAUGGUAUUGUUAAUGAGAACUUGGUUGAGCGUUUCAGUCAAGAAGUUCAAAUAACAGAGGCUCGUUGCUUUUAUGGAUUCCAAAUUGCAAUGGAAAAUAUUCACUCUGAAAUGUACAGUCUUCUAAUUGACACUUACAUUAAGGAUUCUAAUGAGAGAGAAUAUUUGUUCAAUGCAAUUGAGACUUUGUCCUGUGUGAAGAAAAAGGCUGACUGGGCCCUGUGUUGGAUUGGUGACCAGCAAGCAACAUUUGGUGAGAGGAUUGUAGCGUUUGCUGCUGUUGAAGGAAUCUUCUUCUCUGGAUCAUUUGCUGCUAUUUUCUGGUUGAAGAAGCGAGGUUUAAUGCCUGGGUUGACUUUCUCCAAUGAGCUGAUCAGCAGAGAUGAGGGUCUGCACUGCGAUUUUGCCUGCUUGAUGUUCAAACACUUGGUACAAAAAACUUCAGAGGAGAAGGUACGAGGGAUCAUUAAGGAUGCUGUUAAUAUAGAACAGGAGUUUCUGACUGAGUCUUUGCCAGUAAACCUGAUUGGAAUGAACUGCACCUUAAUGAAACGUUACAUUGAAUUUGUAGCUGACCGAUUGAUGUUGGAACUGGGAUUCAAUAAGAUCUAUAAAGCUGAGAAUCCGUUUGACUUUAUGGAGAACAUUUCUUUAGAAGGCAAAACUAAUUUUUUUGAAAAGAGAGUUGGAGAGUAUCAGAGGAUGGGUGUGAUGGCCAAGAGUGCUGACAAUUCUUUCUCACUGGAUGCCGAGUUUUGAAAGGAUGGCGAAGAUUUGCAGUCGGAUGGCAAAAUAGGAUUUAAAAAGCUGACGUGUUAGUUCCACACAUCACUGACUUUUCAGUUUGCAUUCAUAAUAACCCGGUUUGGGCACAAGGCUGCAUUCAUACUAAUUCCAAAAUUUGGAGUUGGAGAUUGCACAUUGUAGGAUUUUGAAAGCAAUAAAAGAUACACAUGUUACUUCAAGUGUAACUGUAUAAUUACAUAGUUUACAGCACUCUGCAACAGAGGGUGUAUGUCAUUUUGUUGUAGAAACACUUGAAUGAGGAUUUGUGUUGUCAAGCAUUCUAUAAAGGAGCCUAAUUGGCUUUAGCCACUGUUUUGUUUAUAGCAGUUUUCAGUGGGUUUUAAUAUGUAAAUAUUUUAAUCAAAAUGCACUUUCUAAAUAAAGUUUCAAACAUUUACAUUUG